AUGGAAGCGCGUACCGCGACUAUUAAGCGCAAAACGAAUGAGACGGAGAUUGAGAUCUCGAUAAACUUGGACUGCCAGCCAGGUUCUGCGAAUGCGCAGGUUAUCGACAUCUCGACCGGUAUCGGGUUCCUCGACCAUAUGUACAAUGCGCUGGCUAAGCACUCAGGCUGGUCUCUGACUUUGAAAGCGAAGGGCGACCUUUGGAUUGACGACCACCACACCGCUGAUAUGUCUACGCUUGGUACUGCUUUCAAAGAGGCGCUGGGAGAGGUGCGCGGGAUCAGGAGAUAUGGAACGGGCUUUGCCCCAUUGGAUGAGGCGCUUUCCCGGGCUGUCAUCGACAUCUGUGCGAGGCCCUAUUGCUUCACCGAUCUCGGGAUGAAACGCGAGAAGGUCGGCGACCUGAGCACAGAGAUGUUCCCCCAUAUCUUCUACUCGUUCGCUAUGGCGUCCGGCUGCACGUUACACGUCGAUGUGCUUCGUGGAGCCAACGACCACCACAGAGCUGAGAGUGCGUUCAAGGCGUUGGCUAUCGCAAUCCGACAGGCCACCGAAAGAACCGGUGGGAAUGAUGUGCCCAGCACGAAGGGCGUAUUAUGA